UGUUGGGAAGGAAGCCCUCUACAGUGAGGCACGAUGCUCCAAUUACAUUCCUACCCUGGCGGUCAGUGUUCCGCCAAUGCUUCCGGCUGGGAUUCUGGGAGUGCGCAGCGCCACACCUUCCCGGGGAAAGGGGCGGGGCUGCCGUGGUUGGGCGGGGUGAAGACACUGAUGUCGCCCGCCAUGGAGUCGAGCUUCAGAUUGGCGGAGCUGCGACAAGGUAACUUCCCCACUGCUCCUGCUGUAUGUUCCCACGCAGUCUCCUGUGUGUCUUCCGGCGCUAGUACUCCCCGCAUGCUCUGCUGGCCCCAUCCUAGGCGUGAUCGGUUAGAAACCCAGGCUGCUGAGAGCUGGGCUCUGCGCCUUCUAGCUGCCCUCCAUCUUUUCUCCCACUUUCCCUCUGACUGCGCCACACCAUGCGCCUCAGCCUCUUCCGGCGCCUUCUCCUUGCCGCCCUGCUGCUGGUGAUUGUCUGGACCCUCUUCGGUCCUUCAGGCCUCGGGGAGGAGCUGCUGAGCCUCUCGCUAGCCUCCCUGCUCCCAGCACCAGCUUCGCCAGGACCACCCCUGGCUUUGCCCCGCCUCUUGAUCCCCAACGAGGACGCUUGUCAUGGCCCCGGCUCCCCUCCCUUCCUGCUCAUCCUGGUGUGUACGGCCCCGGAGAACCUGAACCAAAGAAACGCCAUUCGGGCCUCGUGGGGCGGGCAGCGCGAGACCCGAGGGCUCAGGGUGCAGACUCUCUUUCUUCUGGGAGAGCCACGUCCCCCCCGGGGCACCCAUGAGAAUGACCUGGCACGGGAGUCUGCAGCUCGGGGAGACAUCUUACAGGCAGCCUUCCAGGACUCCUACCGCAACCUUACGCUCAAGACCCUCAGCGGGCUGAACUGGGCCUACAAACACUGCCCCAUGGCCCGAUACAUCCUCAAGACCGAUGAUGAUGUGUUUGUCAACGUCCCGGAACUGGUAUCGGAGCUGGUCCGGCGAGGGGGCCGUUGGGAGCAAUGGGAGAGGGGCACAGAGGCUGAGGCUGGAGAUGAAAAGUGGGAAGGAGACAGCCCCACUUUGGGGAGUCAGCCCGUCCCUCUUUUGUACCUGGGCCGUGUGCACUGGCGGGUGCAUCCCUCUCGGAGACCAGGGAGCAAGCACCAGCUAUCAGAGGAGCAGUGGCCUCCCACCUGGGGCCCCUUUCCACCCUAUGCCUCGGGCACAGGAUACGUGCUGUCAGCUUCUGCUGUGCAGCUCAUCCUCAAAGUGGCCAGCCGGUCACCUCCUCUGCCCCUGGAGGAUGUCUUUGUAGGGAUAAGUGCUCGACGAGGAGGCCUCACCCCAACCCACUGUGUAAGACUGGCUGGUGCCACCCACUAUCCCCUGGACCGGUGCUGCUAUGGGAAAUUCCUGCUGACAUCCCACAGGUUGGACCCAUGGAAGAUGCAGGAAGCUUGGAAGCUGGUGGGCGGCUCUGAUGAGGAAAGGACUGCACCCUUCUGCUCCUGGCUCCAGGGAGUCCUGGGCAUUCUGCGGUGUCGGGUAAUAGCCUGGCUUCACAGCUGAGUACCUGGGUCAUGGGAGUGAGGAGCUGAGUCCAGCACCCCCACAACCCUUCUCCCAGGCUAAGGCAACUGGCUACAACUGAACAGUUCCCCUACACCAGUUGCUCAGUCUGUCACUGAAGACUAAGGGAUACGGGGCAAACCUGGGACCUGGCCUGUAUCCUGCCAGCCCCAAAUAUAAUCAUCUGGAGAAUAAAACAUCCACAGCAGGAGAGGGCUCAAGCCCCUUAAUAAACUUGUCUCUCUACC